GUUCCGUUUGCUCGCUUCUGAUCCCCCCCCCUCUUCCCCUGUGUCUGCAGGAGCCGUCCAAGAACAGCAACAGCAGCAGCAACAGCAACAGCAACAGCAGCAGCGGCAGCGGCGCUGAGACUAGGCCCGAGGCCGGCCCCGACCCGCUGCAGUUGCCGGCCCUGCAGCAGAUCACCCCACUGUCGAACUCGGUGCUUGCGCCGCUCACGACCGAGUGCUCGCGCUUUUACAUGCCGUCUCUGUACGAUCUCGGCAGCAGCAGCAAGCCCCAGAGUCCGCCAGCGCAGGCGAGCGAAUUCCAGCCCUGUCCCGACCAGGCUUCCCUGUCCUGUCCCGUCCCUGCCGCUGGACCACAACAGUCCCUCGAAUCUGCCGCCUCCGCAGAAGCCUCGACCCCAUCUGCUCCUGCUGCCUCGUCUGCAGCAACAGCCUCCCUUGGACCCGCAACCUCCCACGACAGCGUUGUCUCGGUCGACUCCAUCACCUCGUCGAUCGAGCUUGUCUCCGCUGUGCCUGAGCCUGUUUCUGCAUCUUCACCGAUACCGCCUGCUCCCCUCCAAGCGCCGCCGUCCUUCCUGGAUUUUGUUAGCAGCUUGACCGGCUUCCGCCCCCCGAACCCCCCGGAGCCAUCGGAGCCGUCAGAACCGUCAGAACCCCUGGAGCCUUCGCGGAAUUCAUCAUCCACAGAACGCCCAUUUGCCCCUGCACAAGCCUUGAUGUCCGCAACCAUCACCGAGAAUGUCCUGGCACACUAUGCGAGCCCCGGUAUCUCGCCCACAAGCUCCCCCGAGCCGUCAAAACCGUCGACCGGAUACGACGACGUCCCAAAGCCAAAGACGCCUCCGCCGACACCCCCGUUUCCCGACCAGCCUCUUGCCACCAAUCGCCAGACGCCUUCGCGCCUGUACUUCACCGUCGUCGGCAGCGACGUUGACAACUACACCUCCGAGAGCACCGACAGCGACGAGGACGCCACCACCAACAGCGCCAAGCUCGAGUAUUACGCCGAGGCAGCCCGCCAGGCGGCCCUCGAAACCACCCAGUGGUUUUCAAGCUCGGACCGCAAAGACAGCAGCGCCAGUACCCGCAGUGGCUCGUCCAUCUCCUCGUCGAUUCCUGUCCGACCCAUGUCAGUAGACCAGGCUCCACAUGAGCGGCUUCGUCCGCGCGGCUCCCUCGCCAGCCGCCGGUCGUCGUCGGUCGGCUCCAACCGUGGCCUGCAGCCGCCGCGCCUCAACCUCAGCAACGUCAAAGCCCAAGGCGCCAAGGAGGACAGCCCCAACUCGGGCAGUAGCAGCAAGCCUGGCACCCGCCUUUCCCGACUGGGCGCACAGCUCCACCUGGAUCAACUGCCCAUCUGGCUGGAGACUCUGUGUGCCAUGGAUCCAUCCGAGUGCGCCAAGCGCCUCCGCUCCAACUUUCGCGAUCUGGAGGAGUAUCAGUCCGAAAACCUCAGGUCCGACUCGAAGCGCUUUCUCUCGGGCAUCUCGAGCGAGCGUGAGAACCUUCGCCGCAACCGGUACAACGACAUUGUCCCCUUCGACUGCAAUCGGGUCGUGCUCAAGACGCUCUCGAACGGAUCCGACUACAUCAACGCCUCGCCCAUCACGCUCCGCCACUCGGGCCAAGUUGGCUACAUUGCCACCCAGGGCCCGCUCGCCCAGACCUUUGGCGAGUUCUGGCAGAUGGUUUGGGAGCAGCACUCACGCGUCGUGGUCAUGCUCACCAAGGAGGAGGAGCGCGGCCGCAUCAAGUGCCACAAGUACUGGCCCGACUCGGUUGGCCGGCCUCGCAAGUACGAACUCGGCAUGGGCGUGCUCUCGGUCGAGCUGUUGGAGGAACGGCUGGUAUCGAUGCCGCUGUUCCCGGACGUGACCCCGACCACGGCCAAGGACGACGGCGACAGCCUGAGGAGCGCCGGUGCCCUCAGCCUCGAGUCGCCCGAGCACUCGACCGUCCAGCGCGACUUUCGCCUGUCGCUCGUCCAGAACGGCCAAGAGUCCGAACGACGGGUGACCCAGCUCCACUUUACCGGCUGGCCGGACCGCAAGCGCAGCCAUUCGAACGUUGUGCUGGCGCUCAUCGAGCAGGCCAACUCCCUGCAGAGCAGCUACGCUGGCGAGGCCGCUCCGGGUCCGAUUGUGGUGCACUGCAGCGCCGGCUGCGGCCGCACCGGGGCGUACAUCUGCAUCGACAGCGUUCUGCGCCAGCUGCGGCGGCUGCCGCAGUCCCUGCGCAGAGAGCAAGCCGACGACGCCAUCUUUCGGACCGUCAAGCGCCUGCGGGACGAGCGCAUCGGCAUGGUCCAGACCUUUGACCAGUUUGCGUUCUGCUACGAAGCCGUCGUCACACAGCUGGGAUACUGGCAGAAGGGAUACGACCGCCCCAACGAUAACGAUGCCGACGACGGCCUGGCGCUGGACAGCCAACUCGCCGAGCCGGCGCCCACCACGCCGCGCCCCAGGCUGGUGAUUGCCGCCGACCAAGCCAGCAGCGACGACUCUGCAGGCGACGCCCACGAAGACCUGGCCGCCAGCAAGAAGACGGGCAAGUUCAAGGGCAAGGCGCGGCUGGUGACCGUCAGCCCCGACGAGGUUGUGAUGCCGCAACCACGAUUCAAGGCCCGUCUGCUGCGCGAGAUGCCCGACUCGCCGCUGGAGCUGUCGACACCGUCGACGCCGAGCGGCGAAGAGCGGUCGUUCUCGUGGGACCAGGUGCAGAUCGUCUCACGCAGCCAUGAGGAGUAGACGGCCAGGACCAUGUUCGCAAGCACCUCCAUCGCGGUUGCAGUUGAAGUUGAAGUUGAAGUUGAAGUUGUACUUGUACUUGUCGCCGC